AUGAGACCCAGUCCUGGCAAAAUGGAAAGGAUAGCUAUCUGUCUGAUGGUCAUCUUCUUGGGGGCAGUGGCCCAUAAAUCAAGUUCCCAGGGACAAGACCGCUUCAUGGUUAGGAUGAGGCAACUUGUAGACAUUGUUGAUCAGCUGAAAAAUUAUGUGAAUGACUUGGAUCCUGCAUUUUUGCCAGCUCCAGAAGAUGUAAAGGAGCACUGUGAGCGCUCAGCUUUUGCAUGUUUUCAGGAGGCUCAACUCAAGUCAGCAAAGACAGGAGGCAAUGAGAAGACUAUCAACUUGUUAAUUAAACAGCUGAAGAGGAAACUACCUCUCUCAAACACAGAGAAAAGAAAGAAACACAGACGAACAUGCCAUUCAUGCAAUUAUUAUGAGGAAAAACCACCUCGAGAAUUUCUGGAAAGGAUGAAAUCACUUCUCCAAAAGAUGAUUCAUCAGCAUCUUUCCUAG